GGAUCCUCAGGCCGAAGAUGGAGCCACGAGGCACCAGGUUACCACGAGCCUAAGAUAUCAGGGAUCCAGGUAGGAAGGUGAAAAGAAACUAGGGGUCGGAGACCGAGGUUCGGAUCCGCGUGAGGCUGGGGGGAAGGACUGCGUGCCAGGGGCGGGGCUGGAGUACGAGCCCUGAAGCCACAUUGGACAGCUGGGCGGGGCCCGGUCCCCGAGGGCGGGGCCCAGGAGCGGUUCAGCUGUGCGGGUCUAGCAGCGCCAAGCCGCACCUGGCCCCGCAGUGGGAGCUCAGCCGGGCCAGCGUGGAGAGGACCUGCAGGAUUAUUCCUUCCCCCGGUUUCUGUCUGGUGGUCAUUACGGAAAAGGUGAAAGCAUGUCCUUCUGUCACAUGACUCUCCCCAUUCACGGAGUUCUAAUUUGGCAAGCAGUGGGGUCCAUGAGAAAGGAGAGUAAGACAAAGACUGUCCUGUAAGAGCCUCAUCUUUGCCAUUUUUUUCAAGCUCUUGAUUUCCAGUAUACACCUCCGCCAAGCUACAGAAAUGGGACUAUUACAGAACAUGAAAGCUCAGUUUCCUCUCUCUCCCCUUUUCAGACACUGGCAAGCCAGAUUUUGAUGGGCUUGAUGUGGUGGCACCACUACCCGCUCCUUCCUUAACUGGGGACAGAUGCCCCAUAACCUUCAAGAGAAGAGCCAGACCUAUCCCCGCCACCGCCCUGGUAACACUGGCCAUAAGAGCCUCAAAGUCCUCCCAGCAGCAGCCAUGUACACUUUCCUGCCUGACAAUUUCUCACCUGCCAAAACCAAGCCCACCAAAGAGCUGCGGCCCCUGCUGGGCUCCGCGGUACUGGGGCUGCUGCUGGUGCUGGCGGCGGUUGUGGCCUGGUGCUACUAUAGCGCCUCCCUACGCAAAGCGGAACGUCUGCGCGCGGAGCUACUGGACCUCAACUGUGGCGGCUUCUCCAUCCGGAACCAGAAGGGCGAGCAGGUCUUCCGCUUGGCCUUCCGCUCCGGCGCGCUGGACCUCGACUCCUGCAGCCGUGAGGGUGCGCUGCUUGGCUGCUCGCGCACGGCGGAUGGCCGCCCACUGCACUUCUUCAUCCAGACUGUGCGGCCCAAGGACACAGUCAUGUGCUACCGAGUGCGCUGGGAGGAAGCUUCACUCGGGCUUGCGGUGGAGCACGCAAUGUUUCUGGGCGAUGCAUCCGCGCACUGGUAUGGUGGCGCAGAGAUGAGGACACAGCACUGGCCCAUCCGCCUGGACGGCCAGCAAGAGCCGCAGCCGUUUGUCACAAGCGACGUCUACUCUUCUGAUGCCUCAUUCGGGGGCAUUCUUGAGCGCUAUUGGCUAUCUUCGCGCGCAGCCGCCAUCAAAGUCAACGAUUCGGUGCCCUUCCACUUGGGCUGGAACAGCACCGAGCGUUCGAUGCGGUUGCAAGCACGCUACCACGACACCUCAUACAAGCCACCGGCUGGCCGCAUUGCAGCACCAGAGCUCAGUUAUCGCGUGUGCGUGGGCUCAGAUGUCACCUCCAUCCACAAGUACAUGGUUCGGCGUUACUUCAACAAACCGUCCAGGGUGCCAGCGGCUGAGAUCUUCCGAGACCCCAUUUGGUCCACGUGGGCGCUGUAUGGGCGUGCUGUGGACCAGGACAAGGUGCUACAUUUUGCUCAGCAGAUCCGUCAGCACCGCUUCAACAGCAGCCACCUCGAAAUCGAUGACAUGUACACGUCUACCUAUGGCGACUUCGAUUUCGACCAGGCCAAGUUCCCCAACGCCACUGACAUGUUCCACCGCCUGCGAGAUGCUGGCUUCCGCGUCACUCUCUGGGUGCAUCCCUUCGUUAACUACAACUCCUCGCGCUUUGGUGAGGGCGUGGAGCGCGAGCUGUUCGUGCGCGAGCCCACUGGCCGGCUGCCCGCGCUAGUGCGCUGGUGGAAUGGCAUUGGCGGGGUGCUGGACUUUACGCGCCCAGAGGCCCGAGAUUGGUUCCAGGGACACCUGCGGCGCCUGCGCUCAGGCUACAACGUGGCCUCCUUUAAGUUUGACGCGGGUGAGGUCAGCUACCUGCCAAGGGACUUCAGCACCUACAAGCCCCUGUCGGACCCCAGCGUGUGGAGCCGGAGGUACACUGAGAUGGCGCUGCCCUUCUUCUCGCUGGCGGAGGUCCGUGUGGGCUACCAGUCACAGAACAUCUCCUGCUUUUUCCGGCUGGUGGACCGCGACUCGGUUUGGGGCUAUGACCUGGGGCUGCGCUCUCUCAUUCCUGCUGUGCUCACCGUCAGUAUGCUGGGCUAUCCAUUCAUCCUGCCUGACAUGGUGGGCGGCAACGCGGUGCCCGGGCGCACAGUGGGCAGGGAAGAUGGACCGGGGCCGGAGCGUGAGCUCUAUGUGCGCUGGCUGGAGGUGGCGGCCUUCAUGCCUGCCAUGCAGUUUUCGAUCCCGCCCUGGCAAUACGAUGCAGAAGUGGUGGCCAUUGCACACAAGUUCGCUGCACUGAGGGCUUCGCUUGUGGCACCACUACUGCUUGAACUAGCUGGUGAGGUCACUGACACUGGUGACCCCAUCGUACGUCCCCUAUGGUGGAUUGCUCCUGGGGAUGAGACGGCUCACCGCAUUGACUCACAGUUCCUUAUUGGGGACACAUUGCUCGUGGCGCCAGUGCUGGAGCCAGGCAAGCAGGAGCGUGAUGUCUAUCUGCCUGCAGGCAAGUGGCGCAGCUACAAGGGUGAGCUUUUUGACAAGACCCCAGUGCUGCUCACUGAUUACCCUGUCGACCUGGAUGAGGUCGCCUACUUCAUCUGGGCGUCCUAACCCGGCUCAGGACCCGACAACCCCACAGCCCUAACCCCAGCUUUUAUGAAGACUUAAUACUUUACCCUACCUGAACCGUGUACUCUCAGGAAGUCCCCACAUCCAUACCGAGUAGUAAGUGGACACCGAUUCACAAGUGCUCCAGCCAGUAGCUGUAGGUGGGGCCUGGAAGGUUCAGUGCUGAAGCAUCCUCCUGCUCCAAUGCAUAAUCCUAACAGCCUCUUUUCCUUCCACACUCACUCCAGUCUGCAGAAACCUUCCUUGUAAUGGAAACCAGAGAACUUGGAGGACAAAGUUCUGUUACACGGGGUCUGGUUUUAGAACUACAGAGACAAGAAACCUCUCCUCCCCCUGGCCUUUAUAGCCAUCUUUGUCCUAUGAUGAAGACCCAUCCUCUUUAAAAGUUACCAAAUAUGGCAGGCGUGGUGGCCACGCCUUUAAUCCCAGCACUUGGGAGGCAGAGGCAGGCGGAUCUUUGUGAGUUCGAGGCCAGCCUGGUCUACAUAAUGAGUUCCAGGACAGCUGG